CGUGAUCAAAUUCCAAACUCAACCAGACCGUCAAUUGAGCAUCCUGUUGCGCUAACAGUUCCUAUUUGAUUUUGCCCUUAUCACAUCGCAUCGGCUAAUAAUUCCUAACUUCUCCCGCUCUAACGUGCAUUGCAGAAGAAGGAUGGAAACGAGAAUAAGCGAGUUUUGUCUAGUAUUGAUGCUGAUGAAAAUGGAUCCAGGAAAAGAGCAACAUUCGCGUCUCAGGGGAACAAGCCAUGACCUAGACGCCAACCAAGCGAUCUUGGCAAUUUUUAAAAAUCUUCAAAGACAAGUAAGGAAAGACACCUCUGUCAGCCUCUUUAAGGAAUACCCGACAUGAUUUCUAAGAGACGUUGUUAAACUAACGACAUUCCAGGACUAUCCACCUAGAGUGAUCUGUGAUUUUAAUACAAAGAGGCCAACGACCGAAGUCAAUCUUCGCCUUUGAGAUGUCUCUAAGCGACAGAACCGCUCUAACAUCGAUUAAGGUAACGAAACACGUGAUUAGGGUACCCAGCAUUCUUUGAAAGUGUGGUGAAAAUUUAAACAGACAUUUUGUGUUAUUUUUGUUUUUCAGAAACACGAUACGACACUUCUUCGAUUUUUCAAACCAUCAUAGUGUUUUGCUUUCCUUAAAUCCCAGUACAAUAGACCGCGAAAAUGCCGGAAAGUGUAGAUGUUUUCGACGGCCAAAAUGCUGAGGUAAGACGACGACGAAUUUGAAUUUAAAACCCACUUUCAAUCCUAAUCAUGAGCUUGUGACUCACACGCUUUUGUCGAAGAACGUCUUUAAAGACUAAUUGUUUAUUUUUAACAGAAGUACGAGGCCAGAGAAGAAAGAGAGCACCUGCCGAUGGAGCAGCUUGUCAUGAGGUAGAAAGGGGGUUCAUAAACAAACGCAAAAGCAGCCAUUAUUAGCUAGAGUGGUUGACACGUUGCUUUUUUCUAAUCAGCCUUUACAAUAUGGCUGCUACCAUUUCGAUAACGAAAUGUAAGAGAGAAGGUUUUAUUGACCUCUUGCUUUGGACAGCCAUCUUUCUAGGUUAAUCUUCAGUACAAACACAGAUUAAUCGGUUGUGGGUUCCAAAUGACAUAAACAAAGCAUAUUGAAAAAAGUAGUAAAUAAGCAUUUCCAUGAGGUACGAAGGCCUAAAACUGUUGUAAGCAUGUAUCUUCACAACACUAACAGUGAAUAUUUUGUCUUGCUAGGAGCCAACUCUGGAUUUCCAACCUCCUUGUGAGUAUUAAACAAAAAAACUGUCAGCAACUCCCUGGUCUACCCUUGACUUUUGCAACUAACCUUGACAUUGUUAAUUUGAAGCGUUAAACGGCUGUAAACCCUAAUCACUGAAAUGGUCUUUUUCCUACCAGAGGGAGAUUUCUGCCAUUAGAAGACACGCGCUUCAACAAAUCUCCCAGCCCAGAUAUGAGUAAGUCAGUUUCACAUAACACUUGCCUUUGCUACUGUGUGGUCAGAGCUGACAAAUGUUUGUUGAACUUAAUUCCAGAGAGCACGACCAUUCGACCAGUACCCACGCAGCAUUGAUGACAAUUUCUGUUUGCUUAUAAAUCUCACCUACUCAAAAAGCUAAGCCCAAUAUAACGUCAUACACAAUGUUAACCACUUUCUCUGAUAUUUUUUCAGGGCCCAAUAUCACGUCUCUACUUCAAGUGAACAUGUGAGUAUCAAACAAUUGCUCAAUAAUGACACUGAUAAGAAAAUAAACUACCCUGUGAACCAAACACGGUUAUUCCACAUUAUAAAUUGAAUAGCUUGCUGCCUCUCAAUUUCCAACAUAGAAUCGUUAAAAUCUGUUUUCUUGUAACCUCCAAGAUGCACCCUUUUAUUAAGACUGAGAGACUUCUGUCUUGACUCUAGGAUUGUGCCCCUGUUCCCAGACGGCUUGUGCUUGCAGAACGGAAUUGUAGGUACGAAAAUAUCAAACAACCUCAAUUGGUACUUGUAUAUGGUAUUUCGUUAAAAUUCCACAGCAAAGAAGAAAUAACUAGUGGUUUUAUGUUGUCUGCAAGAUGUACUUCUAUUACCAACUACUAAAUAAGGUGUUAUCCUUAACCUAAACUGACUGAUAGAGCAAGACUACUAGAAGUCAAUUCAGCAUUUACACUCGGCAACACAAUCAGCAAGGUUAAAAAAGGCGGAGUUCGAAGAAAAGAUGCCACAUCAAACUCCUUAAUCUUUCCUUUUCAAAAUUCAUAUUUAACAUGAAAACUUAACCGGUUCUUUGGUAUUUUUCCAGGAACUACUGUCACGUCUCCGAUUUUGAAGUGCACGUGAGUAUUCAAAAAUCAUUUGUUGAUAGCAUUGUAUAUAUCUAUUACUUUUCAAAAAACCUUUGGUUCAGCUAAUCUCACGCUGAUGCAGUUCCUUGCCGUGUUAACUUCUUUACACUCCUCGAGAGAGUGAAAUCGAAACCAAUACUCGUCCCAUCCUCAACCCACAGAAAGUUGGUCAAUAACAGCUCAACUGAAAUCGGUAAAUAGUUAAAAUUAUUCAUCAUUUUCGAGUUAACCCUCACAUCUCAGAAAAAGCUGCCCAGUCUGGAAAAGUCUCUUUAUACAACUAAACUUAACUAAGACUAGAGUAUUGAUAUUAUACAAUUUAUCUCUUUCUAGAAUGAAGCAGCUGCCAUCAGAGGACACAUUCAUGGACAACAACAGAUGAGGUAAGGAGACUGCGAGUAGAGAAUCAUGCAUGCUGCAGUAAUUUAAUUGGCAAGUUUUGUUUAACAGAAGAAGUUUCGGAAUUGCGCUCAGAAGCACAGGCCUAUUAGGCCAGCUUUAAAAAUUUCUGGGAGAUAGGUUCAACUAAAGGUUACAAGACCUUUCGUAACCCUUGUGUAUCUUGCACAGUUUCCAUGCAACAACAGUUUUUUAGACAUCACAGCAUACUGAAAUACUGGCAAGUUUGAAAAAAAGGAAACCACAGAUGUCCUGGAAGCUAUCUUCAGUGGGAUAAACUAACCAAAGAUCUGAUUAAUCAUAUUCUGUUUGUAGGUAAAAGCCCUCAUUUGUUUCUCUAUCAAUUGCUUUAAUACUCUUCUUUUUUUUCAGGGAUUGUACUGCUGUCUCUCUUUUAACCGUUCAGGUAAACAUGCUAAAUCCCUUUCCCUUCUAUUAUUAAAUUUUUUCUUUUCGAAGGAAGUGCCUCAUUUUCCGAAAAAUUUUCAACAAUUUCAGCACAAAGUUAAUAAAUCAAGGAUAAAACAUAUCUUUCUUCUUCAUAGGAGGGAACAGCUCUUAUUAGGCGACACGUGCAACAAAGGCAGCCACAACUGUUUAGGUGAGACUAUCUCUGAGAGAGACACAAAUGAUACCAAUGAUAAUAAUCUUGGCCAGAUUUCACAUACAAAGAUUUAGUAAAGGAAGGGAUUUAAUUGCUUGGAGGCUCGCAUGUGGAUGCUGGGCUCGAUGUGACAGACUUUGUCCUUGGUAAAGGACACAGUUGUAAGACUGUUCGGGUUGUUUGGAGUGAGUCAGUUCUUCCUCCUAUGUCAAUUUCCUUGUCAAGGAUCUUAUGACUCUACGAUGCACAGUGAGUUGCAGCUUCUGAUGUUGCUUGGUGUUUGCUUGAGGGUAUCCUUCCAGCAUUUUGUAAGGGUACUUAUGCUGCGCUUCCUUCAAGCUAGCUCACUGUGAAGGGUGGUUUUAGACAGUUCGCUUUCCUCCAAUGUUACAUUGUGGUCCUUUCAGUACAGCUGUACUCUCGCAACCGUGGCUUUCAAGCUGAGUGGCUUGGCGCGGUCAUUGUUGCGGUGACAAUGGAAACCAAAAAUGGUCCUGAGGCAUUCUUGGUAGAACUAUUCAAAAGGGAUGUUGAGAAAAGCUUGACAGAAAAGGUCAAUACUCGUGCUUGCUCUGAGAUCAUUGUUUUCCCAGAUCCUUUCUGAAAGUAGAUGAGACAGUGGCGGUUUUUACCAGCUUGUUAUCCACUUCUUUUGCUUGUUGUUGUUGUUGUUGUUUUUUUUACUUGGGUCACCAUGGUGCAGCUAAGAACUGCUGUGCGGCUAUCAGGUCAAACUGAGAUGAUUUCGUGAGAGAGGGGGAAGGCUGGCAAUGGAGCACUUUCACCUUUUAAAGGCUGAUCUCUAAACCAAGAAGCUUUGCCGCCUCAGCAAAACAAUCGGUGGGGUGUAAGGUUUCUUUGCUAUGUCUCAUUAAGAAAAAUUGCCAAAAAAACAGCAUUGUCUUCAAAGAAACCUUUUCUUACCACCAACAGGGGAGUUUCAGUGAAGGCUUGGAGGAGUUGUAGGAGAAAAUGUUCCAAUUGGUAUGAUAUAGAGGGAAAAAAUCGUGGCCCGCAUAGAGUACUGUUUAAUUCAAUACUCUUAAUGGUUGCUGUAUAGCCAGUAAUGAUGGUCAAGUAAUUUUGAGGACAUCCAAUUCGCUGUAAGAUUCUCCACAGACCAUUUUUCAGACCAUAUCAUCAAAAGCUUUGGUGAAGCCCUAUAAGGUGACGUGUAACCCCCUCUGUUGUUCCCUACACUUUCCUUGGUGUCUUUGUUUAUUUAAAAGCUGCAUCGUAUGAAAGUUUGGUGGUGUUCUGCAGUAUUUGGCAUUAGGUGACUGAGUGGCAGUCUUGUGAGGAUCUUCCCAGCACUGAAGGGAAAGGUGAUCCUCUGUGAUAGUUACCUCAGACUUAGGUAGUUGAAAUUCUAUGACAUGACAUCAUGAAAGGAAAGUAUCGCCAUCUGCUAUCAGGAACAGAGCCAGGACAAGAUGAAAGACUUCCUAUUUCCUUGAAACUGCACUUUUUCCUGACUUCUAUCACAGAUGUAAAUUCCGCUAACUCGAAUUGAAAUUCUCUGACUUUGCCUUGACUCUGAAGAAACUUAUUUUCCCUGACUCUUCAGUGAACUAAGGCAACCAUGUGGCGGGUAUCAAUCGCAGUAUUAUUUACAUGGAGUACGUGGGAUGAAGUGAACAGCACUUCAGGAUGGCAGUGCUGUCUGGUAAAACGUCUUGACCGUCCAUACUGCUGAGUGGGUUCUGUGACUGGGAGUGUAACCUUUAGAUGGCUUUCAGAGCCUCGUAGAAGGUUUCGUGGUUAUCUGCUGCAGCAAAAGUUUUCAUAUUUUUGGAAAGUUUGACCCACUAUACGUUCUGCAUCCAAUAAUACAAUAUUUCAUGAUGUAUUGAUGUCAUAGAACCACGGCGAGUUUGUGUUCUUUCGAAACCACUAUUCGAGACAACAAAGUGAACAUAAUUUGAAUAGAACAUUUCAAAGCUAAUCUCAUUCACUAUUACUCUACGCAACUCCUGAACAAAACGAAAGCUAAUACUCUUUUGUAAUACUUUUCCAGGAACCAUUCAGAUGUCUCCAUUCUAACAGUCCACGUAAGUAUGAUAGUGUGAUAGCGAUGUUGGCAAUCAUGACCCUAAUAACUGAGUUAAACUCAUAGUUUUCAGUGUUGUGAUCUACACAUCUUUGAGCUCAUAACAGAGGUGCAAUCAAAAGCACAUUACAAAUAAAUGAUUUCCUCAGCAGGGAUGUAGCUAAAGUUUUUAACAGGCGGGAAUCUUGCAAUGAUAGGCGGGUAUAUGGGCCGAAGGCCCACUCUAGCGUGCCUUUGGCACGCUAUACCUAGAUUUGAAGGUGUAAACAAAUGAAAUAAAUAAAUAACAAUCUUCUGACAACAUUUAAAAACAUUUUGGAGAACGAAGUACUGCUUCACAGCCGGAAAAAUCGCGUUCACAGCCGGGUAAUUUUCCCGCCUUCCAGCUGUUAUUUACAUCCCUGCCUCAGCAGUAUCUACACAAUCUGAUAAACGAUUGAAAUAUUUUUUGUACCUAGGACGGAGCAGCCACAAUAAGAAGAUACAUACUUCCCCAGCAGCAAAUGAGGUUAGGGAACUUUCGACAUACAGGAUAUUCUGUAUGAAUCAAGUCCUCAGUUAUGUUUUCUGUGUCCGAGCGCUACGUCACGAAGAUAUACUGAUUUUUUUAGUUGCUUAUCGUAUUUUGUGUCACGCCUUCUUGGAGAAUAUUCCCUAAGUGAUAACAGACCACGUUAUAAGGAUUACCUUGAAUAAUGAAUUCUAGAGGGACCUAUUCCAGUCAAUAAAGCAAAAGCAACAAGCUCAUUCUUAUGGAUAGUUCACAUCUUUCUCCAUGGUGAGGCAAUAACCAAAUCACAUAGUUAACAAUCAUCGUUUGUUUGGUACAAGGAAUGCCAUGAAGUGCUUGUCUAUAUUUUAAUAAUCAUCAAAUGAAAUAUCAGCUGAACCAUAGAGGCAAAGAUUAAAAAGCACUGAAAUAUUCAUUAGUAGUCAUAGACAUUUCCUCUGCGCUUAAUUCUAACUUUAAGUCGUACAACUACUUUUUUACCUAGGAACUUCCCACAAGACGUCUCCACUUUGAGAAUCCAGGUGAGUAUACAAGACCAAGUUAACAAAACCAAAACAAGUACCGAAAAACGAGCAUGGCUUAGCUGUGUUACUUAAACUGUGUCUGACUAUGACAAUUUUUUUUCUCAUUUUUCGAUUUUCCAACUAAGUCCAACGAAAGUAACUUCGGAUUACGAUCUAUCCAUUUCUAGAACGAAGGAGCUGCUAUUAGAGAACACAUUCUAGGACAACAACAGAUACGGUAGGGGACACUUUGAAAAACAGUCUAACGUACUGUCAUAGCCCUUUGAGCAGGAAACCCUUUUAUGCGCUAUCAGAUAAAUGUAGGACACGAGUUGAUAGAAUAUUGGAACUCACACCGAAGUCUCUCAAACAGUAGUUGUAUUAGGUACCACUAACCUGUUAGGUUAACUUCACAGCCCAAUGGUUUUAAGAGUUCUACAAAUUUCUAUUCAAUGCAGUAUGUGCCUCUACGCCUCUUAAUGUUUCUAUCGGCUAUGUCAUUUCUUGAGCCAAAAAAAAUUCUCAUAAACCAAACCUUGUCUCUCCUUGAGAAAGAGGAAUAUGUGGGUUAUUUGAUGAAAGUUGACACAAUAGAAAUUAAGGCAAAGAUGACCAUAAAAAACAUCACUCUAACUGUUGUUGUUGCCAAGAAUGAGGGGUACACACCACACUGUCGUUGUCAAGACCAGUCUUGUUUGCAGCACAUUAUUCUUCCCAGGAUCUUUGCUGGGGUUUUCCUCACCCAAGACCUGAAGGGUCGCCUCCUGGAAUUAUUUUGAUUUCCGAACUUCUUUAUCUUUUUACAGGCAGAUAAAAUUCCUUAAUUAAUCUCCUCUGUAUACUGCUAAAUUAAAAUUAAUCUACAGGAUGCUUGGAUCUUAAGCUGCCCUUACCUUCAACCCAACGAUGCAAACAUCGGACACUACAAUGUAAUAUCAAGCAAUUCCUGUCCGUUUUUAAGAGCAUCUUGAUAAUGAGUCCAACAAUAUCAACAGCUUGAGAUCUGGUUUCAAUGCGUUCGCUUCUAAGAGUUGUCCUGUUGGCACCUGUGAGGUUCAAUAAAAAGAUGAAAAAUUUAUCAAUUUGAACCUACUACAUCAUAUGAAAAAAAAGCUAUAUAACCUAAAUGACUAAUAAAAACACACGCAUAUUUAUAUCAUUUCCACAGACAAAAGCCACGAGAAUGGGGUUGAUUCAGGACAGAUCCAGAAGUUUGUUCAUGGAAACGUCGUUAAUCUAAGACUAUU